AUGAAAAGAAGUCUAGAUCGGAAAACCACCAAAAAACAGGCCCUUCCGGUCAAUGAAUACGCUGGAUUUGUCGUCGAGGGUCCCGCAAUCGAGACCGUGCGUCUGAAGCAGGGCUUUUUUGAAAAGUUUGUUGAAAAACGGACGCCUGUGAAGAUCAUCUCCCCGGAAUUGGUUCCGGUGGACAUCUCGGCUUUUCGAAGUGACAGGAUCCUCGAGACCUUGGCGGAGGCGAAAAUUAAAAAGCUCCAGGUCGAGAGAAAGCACGGUCUAGGCUUUGGGCUGGGGAAGAAGCGUGAGGAGUUGGCGUUUAGUGAGAUUGUAGGUAAGUUGGCCAGUGGAGACGAAAGUUACUAUUUGACGACGCAGUACGAGUCUCAUGAGUAUGAGGAGGGCGACGGUGAUGGUGACGGUGAAGAAAUUUUAAGUUUAGAGGAUGGGGAAGAAGUGGAGAAUUCCGUCAAUGAGGGAAUUGACGAGGACGAUGAAGACGAUGACGAUGAGGACGAUGAGGACGAUGAAGCAGGGGAUGAAGCAGGGGACGGAAUCCCUGCCGCCAGCCUAGAUUCAGACAACGAGUCCAUCAACUUCGAAAACCUCCAUGACGACUUCGACGAUCUCGAAAACGCACAAGACGACUUCGUCGUUCCAGAACACAAACUCACCCAGGACGAGGUCGACUUCCGCAUCAGCACGCUUCUCCAGGCUCCACUCACCGAACUCUACAAAAAAAACGACUUUCCCUUGGUUCCAGACAUCUUUGGACCGUUGAUCCCGCAACAGAUCAACUUGUGGAUGGGCGCAUGCAAGAACGGUGAAAAGGCAAAGCCAGAAUUGAAGAACAUCACGAAAGAGAGUCUUGGCAGGUACGUUCCCAAGGGCAACUCGUCCGGUCUUCACCACGACCAUGCAGAUAACUUGUAUGUGUUGGUUCAGGGACGCAAACGGUUCACGCUAUACUCGCCCAGAGACGCUGAAAAACUCAAGACGGUGGGCGAAAUAAGGCGUAUUUUCCCCAAUGGCCUAAUUGACUAUAAGGUUAACGAAAAAGCCCGUUUUUGGCGCCCUAUGCGUGAGGACGGUGCCAUGUUGGGAGAGUGGGCUCGGUGGAUGAUCGAAAAGGGCGAUUUUCUGAAAAUCUCCAAGGAAGAGCUCGAGGAAAUCAUAGAAAACGACGAGCCUUUUGCAGAAAACGGCGAAUCCGACCUAGAUCCUCCAAGCUUCUCAACAGUUCCUCCGCUUCUUGCACACCUAGACGAGGUUUCCGAGGAAGAUCGCAAAAAGCUCGAGAUCUACGCCGAGGCGAAUUUCCCAGGAUUCCUUGAUCUUCACAAACUCGAGGUCUGGCUAGAACCAGGCGAGAUGCUCUAUCUCCCUACAGGCUGGUUCCAUGAAGUGACCAGUUUGGCUGAAGGUUCUGGAGGCGCUCACGUGGCAUUGAACUGGUGGUUUGUUCCGCCUACGGGGGAAAAGGAAAAUCCUUACCCAGACAACUACUGGAAGGAAGAUUAUGACAAGACUUUGGCAGCGAUAGCUUAUCAACGAGCAGGUCCUGCGUAA